AUGGCAGUUCAAAGCUCUCUUUUACUGGUUGUCCUAGUCAACUUGUUGGCUCUUGGGAUAGCAAGUAGUGUUUCGCCUUCAUUUAAUUACACUAGUUUCCCCCCUGGUUUUGUAUUCGGAGCAGCCUCCGCUGCCUACCAGUAUGAAGGAGCAGUAAAAGAAGGUGGUAGAGGCCCCAGUUAUGAAGGAGCAGUAAAAGAAGGUGGUAGAGGCCUCAGUGUAUGGGACACCUUCACCCACAAAUAUCCAGGGAGACAUACAACUGAUGAAAAAGAUAGGAUUGGGUGGUUUCAGAUUCUCCAUCUCCUGGUCAAGAGUGUUACCUAG